GAAAAAAGACCUGUCUGUAUGUAUAAUGCAGAUCAGUUAGGGGAGAUAUUGAACAUGAUACAUUUCAAGAAAUUUAAUGUGGAGUGCACCAUCUUGUACUGUUUUUCAUUCAACAAUAUGUCUUGGGUGGGCUGUGGGGAUAUUCUCCAGUACAGGGGAACCUUGGUUUUUGAACGUGUCCGCUGCCAAAUGUUUCGUAAACCGAACGCUGAAAACCCGGAAGUGAAUGCUUCUGUUUUCAAACACGCCUUGGAAGUCAAACGGCUUCCAAGGCGUGUUUCUCAAUUUUCACCAUAGACUUUGCUGACAGCCCUUUGAUCCUCGGUUUUCGAACGCUUCGGAAGUCAAACGGUCUUCCGGAACGGAUUACGUUCAAAAACCGAGGUACCACUGUAUUUGUUACAAUUUUUGUGCUAGUACAGUACAUACAGUAAGUAUAUACUUGUUGGCCACUGAUUUGCGAUUUUGUUAGGUGAUUUUAUUACUGAUUUCAGGCUGUUUGUCACCAUGUUAUUUUUUUUUCUUUUUUAAAAAAUGAUGGUGGUAUAGAAAAAUAAUAACAUAAAUAAUAACAAGAACUUGCACAAACAGAUCCUGUGAACGGGUGUGGCAGAAGGGAAAAAGCAAAUAGAAAUUUGUAGCUGAUUUCAGCAGUGCUAUGUGUAUUUGGUUAUUGGUCUCUAUUAAAGUGUGGCGGUAGUGUCGCAUUUUCCUUACAAAAUACUGACAGAGUGCUUUCUUUGCAGCACUCUGUACAACUGUAGCAUCAGAGUCUUCUGAAACAGUGACCUAGAUCAUGCUUCAGUAUAAAGCUUGGGCUGUCACUCUGAUCCUUCUCCUUGCAAAUACCCUUACUGAAGUUGAUGCUAAAGCCAUCUCAAAGAGGCAUGUCCGUAAUGAUUGGAUGGUCAUACCUGACGCAAUUGCAUUUUAUGUGUUCGAUGCUGUGAACAAAGUGUCUCCUAAAACUGCUGAGUUCUUGUAUGGUGCUUUCCAGAAUCCAAUCAUUCUUGAGACAAGAAACUUCUUCAUAAAGACAACAACUGAAAUCAAUCGAGCAUUUCAACAACUGGUGGAGAAUAUACAUGGUUUAUGGACAAAAGAAGAAGCAGAACCAGCACAGCACUAGGACCUAAACGAAUCUGUGGAGUGGCCUCUUCCUUGUAUUCAUCAGUGGAUCAUAAUGUGCAGAGGGUUAUCUUGGUAUAGUUUUUAUUUUUAUUAUUUCAAUUUAUAAUGUAUAUAAAACAGAUAA